AUGAGCCGAACCCCUCCUGGUUCUGCCACGCAGCAGCAGAAUAUCGGCGAAACACGCGUGUCUGAGCUUUUACCUACUGCCUGUGAUGUUAGCAUGGUAUGUUGAAACACAGAAAUAUACUACGAGCUGCCCGUUACCAAUUAAUGAGCAUAGCACGGUUACAGUCAGAAUAGUUUCACCGUAGAAACGAUCGGUGGGUGCCCCUCUACCAUUGUAUAUUCCCGAUCGCAACCGGCAAGACAACGAGCCCAUGGCUCAGUAAUUAGAAGCGUUUGACUUCCAAAUAACAGGUCGCGAGUUCAAGCUCCAGGUGUUCCACACUUCGGGAUUGGGUAUGACUGGCUGACGAAAGCUAGUAAGCCAGAACUGGCCGUUCCAGUCUCCCUUGUCUUUGUUGGUAAUACUGUUCUAUCAUGCGUCACUGUGCGGCUGCUGGUAGGGCUCGAAAGAGAGCCCGUAAGGCAAGGCGGGCGAGUUAGUUCCGUAGAAACAAUCGGUAAGCGUCGCUCUCCCAUUAUGUGUUUACACCGCUGUGGCUGAUAGACAUCGAAUUUCGGUCUACACCUAUAGGCCUUAGUUCAAACUGAUUUACUCCGCGUUUGCAGUUAAUUUCUAAGGAAGUUAAAAACGAUAGUCUUUAAACUGCCUGGCUUAUGAAAGCACACUUCUUUUGGAAUACAGAGUUCAUAGUACUGAUUUAGUUUCGACUGUCAAACAAAUAGUUGCGCUUAAGAAAACAGCAUGAUCUGGGAACGGCCUUUAACGACCACAAGGCAAAUGCACAAAACGCCCACUUUUAGUCAGGUCGUCAUUGUGGCAUCUGCGGGGCAAACACGCGUGAAAGUCGCCUAAAAGUAUCUCAGUCAAUCAUCGUUACCCGGCUUGUUUUCGUGCCAAUGCGUUCUUACUAAAACUAUCUUCAAAACGCCCUUCAAUUCUACUAAUGGCCAAGCAGAAUCGCGUGCUCGCAACAGACGUGAGAUCCUGCAGUAGGUGGGCUACCCCAUGAAAUGUCAACCGAAAUUUCGAAAUGCGUUUUCGUUUCGAAAAGAUUAAUUAAGAAGGGUUGUGAAGCUAAUCAUCCUGCAGCAGUAUUCUAUCACAAUUCAGCUCCCUCACGAUGCCGGUUUUCAAACAAACUUCUUUUCGGCUGCAAUCAGGAACUACACUUAAGCAGCAUGCGUUUUCCUCUUUGAUUUUCAAUGCUCUUAAAAUGUUAAAUAUAUUUCAUAAAAACAUGCAUAAAAAUAUUUAUUCUUCUAAUCAGUCGUUAGGAAAUUACGUAUUUUUUAAAUUUCAUACUCAAAGGAGUAUAAUGUGGUUUUAAAAGGUUUCUAAUUGUGAGAUUAUUCAAUACCGUGAAAUGGCCGUUAAUAAAGCGUCAUGUCUCUGCAUUUACUAGUGUUGCUUGCAAAGUAAUUAAUAAGGCUUAAAUCCACUGCUAAAUUUUAUGAGCCCCUUAUGAUCUCCUCUGAAUGCCGUAAAGAAAUUUACAGUUCUUCAUACGCGGAUAAUAUACGGCUUGUGGUUUAUGAACCCUGAAUGCAAGUGUAACGGCAGGUCGAGUUCAAAAUUAUUCGGGUAGUGGAAAAGUUUUCAAACCCGAAUUAUACCCUUCCUUCGAGCAUAAAAUUGAAUGAAGACGUAGUUGGCUACCGAAUGAGAAAAAGAGUGAAUAUUUUGUACAAUUGACUUUAUAAGGGCAUUGAAAAUCAAAGAGAAAAAUACAUGCUACGUGUGUAAUCAUUUUUACAGAGUAUAGUUUUUGCAUGCUGCCGAAAAUAAGUUCAUUCGAAUACCGACACCCUGAGGUAACGACGUCAUUAUAGAAUUAUGCUGCAUGAUAAUUGGUUAACAACCCUACUUACUUAAUCUUUUCGAAACGAAAACGCAUGCUGGAAGUUCGUUUGACAUUUCUUGAGUUAGCCCAACUACUGUACGUAAACCUAACUCUCGCUACCUCAUUUCUCUCUUCAUUAAAUGCCCAGUUACGUGUGGACCCGCGUUCAGCUGUUUGUUUGACUGUUUCGCAGAUGUUAUCCCAAUCCUGCCAUAACGCUCGCUCGGAAGGGAAACAGUCAAAAUCGACAAAGAAUACGCAUCUGUGCAGACCUGUCGAUAACCGGCUAUGAAUGUUCGUUUGCCUAGGCUGAUUUAGUUCAAUUACAGUCUGUUUAAACAGACAUUCUGUGAAUUAUAAGCAUGAAAAUUGUGAAUUACCUUCUGGACUAGGCACUUUAGUGGGAACGAGCCAGAAGCAGUGGAUUUCCGCUUGAGAUGGAGGUGUGAUAGCUGGGGCAGGAUUUUUUGCUGGAUGCUCUGGUCCCACGACCGAAUCCAUCAUCAUAAACAACAUCAGGUAACGCUCAUGAGUUGCAGUUGCUACGCUAAUGGACACUCGUCACUGUGACAAUGGCCGACUUGGUCUCAGUUGCAAUGAGGUCAAGAUUAAAUCCAAAGCAUCAUGCGGAGGAAAUUUUUAUUCCGGCGGCUAAAUCAUUUUUUUCUCCUCAUCUGCUUCCUGGAACUCGCAUUCUUUCCUUCAAUUUGACUUUUCAAUUCCAAGAUAGUCAGCUUAUUUGCUUGCUGGUAUCACAUACAAUCUCCAAGGCAGGCAUAUUUCGGGAAGAACUUUAUUUACGAUUGCGAUUUCACAGACUGCAACUGUAUCCGAAUAUUUGUGCUUGAGGUCCCACAAACUAACGACCGUUUUAGCUAAAUAUUAACUCGCUUACAUCCGUUCGUUAUGCCAAUUCAAUCGUCUUUCAAGCAUUAAUCAAAUACUAUUUCCUCAGUCACUAGGGUGGGAAAGCAAACAUAGGUCACUUGCUACAUGUCAAUGUGCAAGCAAUACAACGAGGGUUCUUUCAUAACCUGGAAGAAAGACCAUUUUCAAGCACAUUUUAAUGCCUGCGCAAAUUGAUUAAUACGUCACAGGAUUAGUAAACAAACAACAUUAAUGAUCGUCACUUAAUUACACUGCCCAAUAAAUAGCGGACUGUAAGACAUUUGUUGCGAUAUUAUAUAUGCAAUAGGAAACCUAUUCGAUAGAGCAGGAAGAGUAAUAUGGGAAUGAUUUGGGGUCGAGUUUCAAAAUAUGAAGUUAAUGAUGGACCCCUAACAACCGAACCCCUUUUAGAAGUGAACUUCACACUCUUGGGAGUGCGCAGUCUACCGUGCACUGAGCACGCUAACAGAACGGUUGGAUUUAAAUAAAUUUGGAAGGUUGGUGGAUCAAGUGUAUUUAGUUUAAUUUGCGGGUCGUUUAUAGGUUUACUUAAAGCGGGUGUUUAAAGGACACUCAUUUAGAAGGUGGCACGCUGGUAUGUAGUAAUUAUCCCUGGAUUACUUAUCCGUCAGGUUUUUUUGCCUAUCUACCCAAGAAAUCUUUAAAAUUCCUCGCCGAGUUUCACAAAUAUAAGGGCGCUUAUACCUAUUUUCUUUUGAGUUUAGGGAAACCGAAAGUACGUUUUCUUGAUACUUUUUGUAUCUGAGUGAUCAUUUUUAUUUACUGAUUACAGGUAUUUUCAAUUUGCCAGGUAAAACUAUAUCGAAAUAUACUGUUUUACGCUAUUCGCGCGCUGCCUUUAAAAGCCUUUUUCGUCAAAAUGCUGUCCUUAAUAACGUUCAACAGAUGCAAUCUUCGAUACCAUUCGCGCAAUAAAAAUCCCAUACAUAUAUUUAUGUUCGGUUUAACUCGGUACGUAUACAUUAUUUGUAAUAUUCAACCCCUUUUGUGUCAAGCGACCGUUUCUUAUCUUAUGCAAAGUCCUUGCACAUUUUGUUCAGAGACGCAUUUUAGACGCCUUUGCAUUUUUACCUUAAAUCUAUAACCCUUUUUUCCAAAAAAAUUCAUGCGAAGUGUUCGUAAAGUAUGCUUUCUGUUGGUGAAGCCCCUGUUUUCUGCGUAAAUUCUAUGAAGUAGCUACUUCCGCUGACUUUACGGACGUAAUCUUUCGGACGAAGGGUUUCAGUUAUUGGCGACUUUUUGGCAUUUCAGACAUGCAUCGACAUCUAACCUGUUUGAGCUACGUUUACCUUGACGGCAAAAGCGUUUACAGAUGGCGGAUGUCUAAGCUCCAACGAGAAAGGAGAAUUAACGCAAACGAAAACUCGGUUUUUCUACAAGAGGAAACCAAAGACCGCCGCAAAGGAAUUUGCCGUUCAAAAACUGGCACAAGAAAGUGCCGGUUUGGGGUGAACGCACGUUUGCCGCAUUUGUCAACGUCCGACUUUUUGAACUAAUGCAUGGGGAAGCUCUUUACCUGCAAGCAGGCAGACUGAUCACAAUUGUCGCGUUAACGCCCACUCUUUGUGAAUGCACAAAGCUUACCUUUAAACCUCUGCCAUCUAGGCAUUGCAAAAAGUGCGAUUGAAAACGGAUGAAUACCCCCUCCUCCUGUGUCUUCUCCUCACGACAGGAAGCGGGCUAUGACGGUGAAAACCCAUUCACUCGCACAAGAUUUGUCGUCUUCCCGAAGGAGACCUCAAGGGCACUGCGAGACGAGUGAGUUCCGUACUGUAAUUGCUGAGCGUCCUUCUACUAUCGUUAAUAUACCCGAUCGAAACCGACAGGGCAGCGGGCGCGUGGCCCAGUGGUUAGAGGCGUGCCUCGGGUGUUCCACACAUCGGGUUUGGGUAUGACUGGCUAACGACGGCUAAUAAGCCAGAAAUGGCCAUCCCAGUCUCCCUUGUCUUUGUCGGUAGUGCCUUGUUGCCUUCUAUAUCGCGCGCCGCUGUGUGUGGCUGCUGGUUGGGCUUGAGAGAGAGCCCAUAAGGCACAACGGAACGAGUGAGUUCCAUAUGAACUAUCGGUGAGUGCCCACCACCAGUGAUUAUGACAGUUCAGCCGUCGUGACCAAAGAUGACUACCGUGUGCUCCAUAGCAAGGUGGUACAGGCAUGUACAAAUAAUCAAAAAGGUGGGUGUCUCUUGGAAAAGGGAGCUGUUGCCGUUCUCAGGAUUGCGGCGAGUUCCCUCUUUGGUUCUUGUCAACUACUUUUUUUUAAAUUAUAGUCGAGAGAACACGCAAAUGACAGUUGCGGGAUUCUUGUCUCGGCAUUUUGCUUGCAAGCUUCUCACAGCCAAAUGCUAACAUUCAAGUAUCAACAUAUUCUUUCGGUAGUUUGAGCUAUUCUAAACGAAAGUUUGCAAAACGGCCAAUAUCGGGCUUGUUGUAUAAGUGUAAGCAUACGCGGCAUUUUAGUCCACUUUUAGCCUGAUAAUUUGCUUUGCGACGCGCUCAUUAGGAGGCCAUGUAUCUCAUGCCCGCUGGUUGGAAAAACACAAAUUUUGGUAUUUUGGGGUUUUUUGAAGUGCGCAAGUUUUAAGGUUUUUUCGUAGAAUAAAAUGGCAGAUAAAGUGUUGAUUUGAUAAGUAUUCACCUAUCGUUUCAACUGGGCACUUUGAUAUUUGGAACUGUCUACAUCAGUGGAAGGAAUUUUGAUUUUAAAGCAUGUGCUCAAGGACUUAUAGGAAGAGGGGUCAAAAUGAAGGUGUUCUUUGACUGAGAAAGUGAGGAAGGAGGAAAAGAAGAAGAAAAAGAAGAAGAAGAAGAAGAAGAAGAAGAAGAAGAAGAAGGAGGAGGAGGAGGAGGAGGAGGAGGAGGAGGAGGAGGAGAAAGAGAAGAAGGUAGAAAAGAAUGACAUUAGUUGGGACAACAUAUAUGAAAUUCAGACGAAUUUUGUCUGA